AUAACUAGUUUAAGGCAAAUGAUUCAGACACUUAACUGUAGUCAGUUCAUCUUUUAUUCUUCACAAUUCUUCAAAUUCUUGCUUCAAUCAUGGCCGGAGGAAAGAAGACAAAAGCUUCGAAGAAAAAGGCCGUCGCCGAGGCUACGAGCUCUGCGCCUCAACCCUUUCCAUACCUGGACGGAUCCUUCUUGGAGUUCGGGUCGGAGGAGGAACUCAACCGCUUCCUCACGCACUUUGCCAAGUGUCCCAUUUCUCCGCCUAGGGUGCUGCCCGAGUUGUACCCUCAACAAAAGGGGUACCACGACCUCGACAACCAGCUUGAAGCAUCGGGUCUGUGGUCGUUCGUCUCCAGGAGCCGCUCGAGCUUCAAUCCCGCCUUUGUGCGAGCCUUCUACUCCAAUCUCCGCCGGGACGGGGACACAAUUCGCAGUAGCAUCAAUCUCUACGACAUAGAGAUUGAUCUGGCUACCUUCGCUCGGGUCGCAGGGCUGCCCACCCGCGGUGACGACAUAACAACAUAUGGCGGCGAUGAUUGGAUCCUCAACAACGAGGCUGUGGUCACCCGAGAGCUUGGGAUCACCAACCUCAUCCGUCACAGCGGCGCACCAACAAUCCACUCAGCCCCGCCGGAGAAGCGUCUUCUUCUCUACAUCCUCACCCGGAUUCUUCGCCCCCGGGACGGUAGCCACACAUGUCUCUUCAACGAGGAUCUCAAGGCGGUUCAUGCUAUCACCCACGGCGCCUCGAUCAAUUGGGAAAAAUACGUCAUGAUUCACAUGGCGGAUUGCGCCUCCAUCGCCACUGAGCGGAGCUUGCCAUACGUUUUCCUCGUCAUGGACCUCAUCAUCUCCACCGACAUCUCCAUCGCCGGCCCGGAUACGAAGAUGACAAAGAUUUGGAUCAUCCAAGACAGCACCUUCCAGAAGAAGUCCGGUGACGGAACCGGCGCUGGACCGAGUCGUGCCCGUGCCCCUGCCCCUGCCUCCGCUCCCGCCAAGGCGUCCUUACAGUCCAUAGCCGAUACUCUGAAUCGGCUAACCCUCACAGUGGAUGGCAUGGGGCAGUCAAUCGAGCGGAUGGACUGGACGCUGCAACGCCAACACCACGACAUGACGGCCGAUGGGAAGAUCUUCCCAUCGAUGGGUAAGCGGCUCCUCAGCCAAACCAGUUUCCAGAACCAUGCCAAACAGCGAUGGGGAGUUCCACCCAUCGCUGUUAGAGCCUUGGUGCAAAAUUACCACAAGGCAGAACGACCUUGCCCAGCGAUGGGAAGUCUAUCCCAUCGAUGGGAACCCAGCGAUGGUAAGGGUAUACCAUCGAUGGGAAGGCAUGACCGUUGGUGGUCAUUAAAGGUUGAUUCUUUCCUUGUUUAGAAGUCAACCUCCCACCCAGCGAUGGGAAGCUUGUACCCAUCGAUGGGUAGGUGACCGUUGACUUCAAAACUGAAGGAAAAUUGGCUUACCAGCGAUGAGUAAGUCCCAAACAUCGAUGGGAAGCCAAUAUUCUGUAGAUCCCAAAUUUUUUCAAUCCCAUAAAUCAAGCCAAUCACCCCUUUAAUGCAUUGGUCCGUUGGAGCCUAUUUUGGCACUAUAAAAAGGGGUGUUUGGG